GGCGGGGCUUCGUUAUAUCCUUUUAAAGAACAUAUAAAUGUCACGAUUUCACGUAUUCAGUUUAGAUCAAGACUGAUUUUUGGACAAGAUGGGGAAAUCUUUAGUUCUCGUCUUGGCUCUUUCUGUUUUCGCUCAAGCUUCUACUAUUAGAGAUGGAGAUCACGGCCACAUUCGUGUAGCACGUUCUCCAUGCCCCACAUGUGGUCCACAUGGACCUCCACCACCACCGCUUCUAUUUGGCCCACCACCCCCAUUCAGACCUAGAUACUUCCACACUGCUAAUUGGGCUGGCUUAGCUGCUGAUGGAGUUCAACGAGGAGUCUUCAGCGGCGCAGCUGCAGCAGCUAAUGACGCAAGCCAAGCCACUGGUGAAGCAUUCUCCCUGGCUUCUAGUGGAGCAGCCCGCGGCUUGGGACUUGAUGACCAGUCCAACGAACAGUCUGCUCAAUUAUCUGGUGGAAUAGGUAUCGGGGUACAAUCUGCAAGAGGCUACGGUGCUAGUGGCUCUGCAUCUGGAAGUUCAGGUGGUUACGGGUCCAAGUCAUUUAACUCCGGUUUCCAGUCUUCGGCUGGUUCAAAAUCUGAAAGCUCCAGUGGAUUUGGUGGACAGGCAUCUGCUGCUUCUGAUGCUCAGUCCUCUGGUGACUUCGGUCAACAAUCGUCUGCUGCAUCAAGCUCCCAAUCUUCUAGCGGUUACGGAGGCCAAUCUUCUGGUGGCUACGGAGGUCACUCAUCAGGAGGCUACGGUAGUCAUUCAUCAGGAGGAUAUGGAGGUCACUCAUCAGGAGGUUAUGGUGGUCAUUCAUCUGGAGGCUACGAUGGUCACUCUUCAAGCGGCUACGGUGGCCAUUCUUCUGGCGGGUACGGUGGUCAUUCUUCUGGCGGGUACGGUGGUCACUCUUCUGGAGGAUAUGGUGGCCAAUCAUCAGGAUAUGGAGUCAAAUCUUCAUCCAGUUCCAGCUCACAAUCCUCAGGUAGCUACGGUAACUCUGGGUCGGGAGGCUAUGGUGGAAACUCUAAUGACCAAGCUUCAGGGAACUUCGGCGGCCAGUCAGCCGGUUACAAUGGCCAAUCUUCAGGUGGAUUCGGAAGUCAGUCGUCUAAUGGCUUUGAUAGCCAGGGUGGUGGUGUAAGUGGCAGCCAAUCAGUACAUGGUGAGAAGAAUUACAACUAUAAAGAGUCUCACUACUCGUACCAGAGUGGUGGCCAUAAAAACGCUGGCUUUGAAUCCCAAUCACAAGGCAGAGGAUUCAGCGACGAACAGCAAUCAGCGGGUAAUGGUGGCUUCGAUGGUAGUGUAGGUGGAAAAUUGGAAGCCCAUCGAGUUGAACAAGUAGGCAGCCAAAAUAGUGGGUCUUUUGGAAACGGUCAAUCUUCUGGAGGUUUUGAUGCUUCUAGUGCUAGUUCCAGUGGAAGCUCUAGCUCUGGAGGAAGUGGAGGUUACGGUGAGGGUGCAGGAAUUUCUACUGGCCUAGGUGUUAGUGGUUCGGCUGGAUUAGGAGUUGGAGGAUCUUCUGGAUUAGGUGUGAGCGGUUCUGAUAGUUACGGUGCCGGUGGAUCAAGUGGCUAUGGCUCUGGCUAUUCUGGCUCUCAAUCAGCUCUUAAGGGAGCUCUUGAACUAGCCAAUCAGGGACUUCAGACUGCAGCGCAACAGCCUGCUGGAUGCAGCACUUGUGGCAAAAGCAACUACGCUUUAAGUAAUGCUAAGAGCAAAAACGGCAAUGCCAUUGCUCUUUCCGUAAGCGGUUAAAUUUAAAAUACCUGAUCUUAGGCUCUAAUGAACUAUGUUUUAAAGAACUGUAUUAUACUACGUGAUUGUAAUUAAGUUGUUUAUGUUUUUGUUUGAGAUAUUCUGUAAAUAAUAAUUACGAAAUUAUCUUAAUAAAAUUAUAAUUCAUUA